AUUCUCUAUUUCCCUCCCCGGCAGGGUGUAGUUGAGUGAAGGCAGGAUCAGGUUCCCCGCCUACCCGUCCAAAUAUCCCGCCAAGGAAGCCCCAGAGCACAAGAAAACCCAAAGUGGAGAGAGGGGAAGAAAGAAAGCACUGAGUCAUCCAUCCAGAAGGGGGGAGAGCAGAGCGCAGCCGCCCAGGCAGGAGCAUCAGCCAGCGAUACCUGGAGUCUGCAGAAACCUCGCCCGCACUUUGCAACAAAGGCAGCCAGCUAGUCAGCGAGGACCUCUGCAAGCCAAAAAAUGUCGUCCCAGCAAUAUCAGCAGCAACGUAGAAAAUUUGCAGCUGCCUUCCUGGCAUUGAUUUUCAUCUUGGCAGCUGUGGACACUGCUGAGGCCGGGAAGAAAGAGAAACCUGAAAAAAAGGUGAAAAAGUCUGACUGUGGAGAAUGGCAGUGGAGUGUGUGCGUGCCUACCAGCGGGGACUGUGGAUUGGGCACCCGGGAGGGCACUCGCACUGGCGCCGAGUGCAAACAGACCAUGAAGACUCAGAGAUGUAAGAUCCCUUGCAACUGGAAGAAGCAGUUUGGAGCUGAGUGCAAGUACCAGUUCCAGGCUUGGGGAGAAUGUGACCUCAAUACCGCCUUGAAGACCAGAACUGGCAGCCUGAAGCGAGCUCUGCACAAUGCUGACUGUCAGAAAACUGUCACCAUCUCCAAGCCCUGUGGCAAGCUCACCAAGCCCAAGCCUCAAGCGGAGUCAAAGAAGAAGAAAAAGGAAGGCAAGAAACAGGAGAAGAUGCUGGAUUAAAAGACGCCACCGUCUGUGGACCAGGAAAAGGGCAUCAGCAAACAGGAUCAGUUAAUUAUUCCAUUUAUACCUACUGUAGGCUUUUUAUUCAACAGUUAUCUGUAGCUUAAGUACAUGAUAGGCAAAAACAAAGAGAAAAGAAAUGUUUUUGUAGUAGUGGUUUUUUUGUUUUUGUUUUUGUUUUUGUUUUUUUUAAUGUAUACCAUAGUACCAGUAGGGGCUUAUAAUAAAGGAUUGUAAUACUAUUUAGGAAGUUGAACUCUGUAGUACAUAAUAGGAGGUAGGAUUGAGGUAAGUUUUUUGGUGUUGUUAUUUUGUUUUGUUUCAUUUUGGUUUGGUUUGGUUUUUGAAGUUAUGUGAUAUUUCACAUUUAAAUCUUUUUUCUUUUUUACAUGUUUUCUCUUGUGCAUCAAUUUAAAUGUUACAACCAUGUAAACUACUUCUCUUGUUAGAUAGAUUUUCACCUAGACUUUUUUUCCCAAAUCAGAAAAAAAAUACACACUAAAUAAAGCAGCAAUAAAAUAUAAAUCAUUCUAUUGGAGAGAAAUGCAUUGUUUUCUGCCAGUGGAUAUUUUCUUUGAAAGUUUGCAGACUGAGAGGAGAGAGGCAGAGCAACGAUGUAGUGAAAUGUUGAUCUUUGUUUUUUUUUUUUUUUUAAGAUAAGAUUGAAACAUGAAAUCCUUUCACUUUGGCAGAAAAACAUUUGUUUUCUUGAUGAAAUUAUUUUUACAUCUGAGGAAAAAAAUCUAGGAAAAUAAAACAAGUGAUGCUGAAUUAAA